UAAAAUUAUUAGACCGUUAAACCCCAUCCAACCCAAAUACCGUCUUCUCUCUGUCUUUCUCCCUGAACAUUCCUCAUUUCUUACACACAGAACGAAGGCAUCACCCUCUCUCUCUCUCUCCUCCCCACCCCCAACCCCCUCCCCCCACCCCCGGCCAAAAAUGGAAGAUUCAGGUGCAAUUAUGAUCGACGAAACUUACGAAUUCUCUGCUCCAAGGUUUUACGACUUCAUCAAUGGAGAAUCAGAGGAGGAUACCCGAAAUGCCGAACUUUGGUUUCACUCUGCUCUUAGUCAUGCUCCUUCACCUUUUAUGCUGAGAAUUAAGACUUCUAGGUCAGUUCAACUUAGCACCCUGUGUGAUUUUGGCGAUGCCCAAACGACAAUGAAGGCAUCUGAAUUACUUGAGCCAACAUUAUCAUCAAUUUCGUCAAAGGAGUUGCCAUCAAACUUGGAGAAAAAUUCUUCUGGAAAGGAGUUGCCAUCAAACUUAGAGAAAAAUUCUUCUGGGAAUGAGAACUCGAACCCAAACUCGAACUUGAACUUAAUCAAUGGGAAAACCAAAGAAAUGCUGAGUAAUAAGAAAAGUUAUGAGGCAUCAUGUGAGAAAAUUUGCAAAGAAGACAAAAGUGCUGUAAAACCAGGUGCUCCUUGUGUGAAAAUUGAACCAGGAAACAAUGAGGGUUCCGCAACCUGCCCUUCCCAAGCAGAUGUAUGCACCCCUAAACCACCCGCUCUUUCGAGUAAAGGAGGCCGAACAACUACCCAAUUAAAGAAGCCGCAGACGGCCAAGAGGAUGGCAAGUGCAAUAAAGGAUCCAACAGCAUCGAAAUCGAAAAUGCAGUCGCACACGAAAAGUGCGAAACCUGCUGGUUGUUUAAGGAGGGAUACAAGCAACUUAAGUAGCUCUACUGGGACGCCAAAUUUUGUUCAGGAAAACCAAGCUAUUAAGAGACAGAAGCUGGAAGAUGGAAAAACUAGACAGAUCCUCAACAUUAAGCCUCCUAAUCUGCUCCACAAAACAAGACCAGGUGUCAACACUAGUUCCUCCAACUUGUGCUCUACAACAGCUAAAACCUCCAAAGAAGACAGAAAAAUUUAUGCUAGGGACCCGCCGUUGCCACCGGUGCCUUUUGUUUCUACCGCAGAACUGAUGAAGAAGUUUCAAGCAAACACUAGAGAAUCGUCACUGCUUCAAAAUGUACUAUCACAAGGGAAUACUAAAUUGCAAUUGACAAGGCCCAAAGAACCCGAAUUUGUAUAUGCGCAAAGAGUUCGUUUCCAAAAGGUGAAGAGCUCUGCUGAGCUUGAGGAAGAAAUGAUGGCUAAGAUGCCAAAAUUCAAAGCUCGGCCUCUGAACAAAAAGAUACUUGAAGCCCCCAGUUUACCUCCAUUACCCAAGAGCCAUCCUCAGAAACCAGAAUUUCAGGAAUUUCACUUGGAGACCAUGGAAAGGGCCAACAAGAAUGCAGAAGUAUCUUCUGUGGUUUCGACUGAAUCCGAUCAGCAGAAGAAUCAAAGGAAAGCUAAUCAUCUAACUGAACCAAAAACGCCAGUGCUGCAAACAUACCUGCGAGCACGUCCUACAAAGGUGAAAAGUUCAAUCGAGAUCGAACAGGAAGAGCUAGAAAAAAUUCCAAAGUUCAAGGCUCGGCCUCUGAGUAAAAAGAUAUUUGAAAGUAAGGGGGAACUGGGGCUGUUCAGCAACAAUAAAAAGCAAGUUACAAUACCCCAGGAAUUUCAUUUUGCAACUGAUGAAAGGAUUCCGCCACCUUCUACUUCUACAAUGGUUGAUCUAUUUGACAAGAUGUCUUUACAUUCAGAAUCAAACCAUGAGAAACAGCUUCCAAGACUUACAAGGCCUAAUCCAUUCCAACUUUAUACAGAGGAAAGAGGAGCAGAGAAAGAGAGAAGAUUAAUCACUGAACUUGUGCAGAAACAAUUAGAGGAGGAGAAAGCCAGGGUUCCCAAGGCUACCCCCUAUCCUUACACCACUGAUUUCCCUGUGGUUCCUCCUAAACCAGAUCCUAAAGAAUGUACCCAGCCUGAACCUUUCCAACUUGAGAGUUUAAUUAGGCAUGAAAAUGAAAUGAAAAAAGAAAUGGAGGAAAGACGUAAAAAGGAAAGAGAAGAGGCUCGAAUGAGGACCUUCAAGGCUCAGCCAGUUUUGAAAGAGGAUCCUAUUCCCCUCCCUGAGAAAGAGCGUAAGCCCCUCACCGACAUUCAAGAGUUUAACCACCAUGUAGAACAUCGAGCUGUUGAUAGAGCAGAGUUUGACAAGAAGAUUAAGGAGAAAGAAACAGUGUAUAAAAGAUAUAGAGAUGAGGCCGAAGCUGAAAAACAGAUGGAGGAGGAGAAGGCCCUAAAGCACUUGAGGAGGACCUUGGUUCCCCAUGCUAGACCUCUGCCCAAGUUUGCCAACCCAUUCGUCCCUCAAAAAUCUUGUAAAGAUCCAACAAAGCCGAAAUCCCCGAAACUGCGUGUUCGGCAAAGGAAGGAAAGAAAGGAAUUGACAGGAACCGAUGUAAAGGCUGCUCAAUCUGCUGCGGCUGCACUGAUGAGGUGAUCAAGUGUAGAUGGGGUACUGUCCUGUUCAACAACUCUUUGAACCCUUGAGGGUAUUUCUGUAACAAGAUCAUAUUGUGUGUACUUUAAUACUUGGUAAUAUUCUUGUAAGUUGUAAAGGGGUAGUGGUUUACAAAUGAUUUUAUCAAUGUGAUAUAGAGUUGAAACCAUGUAAUUUUGUCCAUGUAAAGGGUAGUUGCAACAUUUAAAGUCUCGUGUCUCAACAUAUUCAAUUAAGAAGAUCCAACAGUUUGAAAAGAAAGCUUUCUUGGCUUAAAAGGAAAUAUUAUAUAAUGACCUAAGUCGUCGAACUGUGCAAACUAUAUGACAUUGCUAUAUUACAACUUGAAAGAAUUGAAGUUCUUGGUACAUGAUCUUUACAUGAUUAAAGAAGCUAACCAACCAACCAACCUUUGUUCAAUUCAUAAUCAAUCAAUUCAUAUAUGUAUGUAUAGCAAACUAAUACAAAAAAGUUGUAACAUUUAAAAACAACAUGAAGAUGAAUUACUUUGUUAUUAGUCUAAUUUUGAUAGUUUUAGUAGUUGCAGAAAAUCAAGAGCUAGAAAUACCACCAACUGAAAAUGGUGUCCUGGCUAAUCAGGAAUGCAUGAUUGGCACCACAUUUGACUUGCAAGAUUGCUACUCAUACUUGACCUACCAAAAUAUGCCAUAUCCACCAAAUUCAUGUUGCUUCGUCCUCCAAGACCUCAGUUCAUUUGAGGCAACAGGAAAAAGUUUCACAGUCUGUCGAUGUCUUCGAGCUCUUGUAAGUGACCAAAGUGUGAUUAGUAGUCGAGCCAAUGUUAUGGCUGAAAGGUGUAGUGUUAGUUUUAGUUUUGAUGUAUUUACUGGAAUGUCUUGCUCGUAAUAUAUAUAUAUAUAUUAUAAUCAUAAGAAUUAUGUACAAUCACUGCACAUUUUCUGUUGUUUUAUGAAUAAAAUGUUAUACAUCUCA